AUGUCUGAUAGAAAAGGUAUAUUUGCUGCUUAUUUUAAUAAGAAACAUGCUACAGAAGAAAAAAAAGAAAAAAAAAAGGAAAAAACAAAUAAGCUUGUUGUCAAAGUAAAAAAAAAUAAAGAGACUGAAGAUAAAGAUGCAGAAAGUUCCCUUGAAGAAGGAGAAAUGAAUUAUGAUGAAAUGGAUGAGUCAUCAGAAAAGGACCCAACAAUGGAAAGUGAUGAAAAUGAUAAUAAUAAUGAAGAAGAACAAAAUGAAAAUGAGGAUGAUGAUGAUAUGGAAGAAGAAGACCAAGAAUUGGAAGCAGAAAGUUUAGAGGAAGAUGACUUAGGAGAUGAAGAAGAACAACAAAUUAGGAGCGAGUUAAUGGGAUUUUUUAAUCAUUUGACUAAAUCAAAAGAAAUGAAAAAAGCAUUAAACCACCAAAAACAACAUAACAUAGAAAAGAAAGUAGAAGAAAGUAAAUCACAAAAAAUAGAAAAGAAAGUAGAAGAAACUAAACCACGAAAAAUAGAAAAGAAAAAAACUCGUAAAGAGAAAAAACAAGAACGUAAACUAAAAAAACAAAUCAAAAGAAAUAUUAAAAAGGAGGCAAAAGAAAAACAAUUGAAAUAA